UGCCAGGAUCCUAUAUUAUACUAGUACAUCAUAAAGACAUAUCCAUCACUUAAUUAUACCUCCGUGCAGCGGAUGUACUAGUAUCCGACUACUCGGAUACAUUCCGUUUGAUUGACAUUUUGUUUUAAGUACUUCUUACCUACUCUCCGAAUGUAUUAAACACAAUGCACCUUUGCUUUUUCAACAGCCGUUGCCACAAAUCGUCCAAUCAGUCUGGCCGUAAAGACGAUAGAGGAAAAUAUUUGGCAGCUGGUCAUGGGCUACGGUAUUGUAAUGUUCAUCGACAUGCAAGUCAUGCUGAUGGACGAUUGGAGGGACGAAGUCGUCGAGCUGGUGGACGCUAAAUAUCCAUUCAAAGCCCUACUUUUGGAGAAGAUCAACAUAAAACCCAUGGCCGUCGGCGAAGUCCUCAUGUUGCCGGCGAACGGAUCGGUGAUAAUUUGCGUAUUCAGCAACUUUGGCAACUCGGAUGAAAAAUUCCACGUAUGGCUAAAGAAGGCAUUUUCCGCUAUAAGGGACCGCACGGCCGGCAACGUCCGGUUAGCCGUCCAGACGAACACAACGCUUCCGGACUACAUUCGGGAUAAGGCCGAAACUCUUCUCGUGUGCACGUUCAAAUCGGUAUUCCGACAACACUUAAGGGAAGACAUUCUAAGAGCCACGUUGUUCUUGUGUGGACGCCAACCGACUAAUAGAAAUCCCUAAGAUUUUACAAAAAUGUAUGGCUUAAUCUUGUUUUGAUUGGCUAACAAAAAAAAAACCUAUUGAUUUCCGUAACACAUUUUUUUAAAA